AUGCCCGAGCAUCUAAAGGUUCCAGAACAGAGCAUGGGAGACGAUUGUACUUCUAGCCAGGGGGCACAUCAGAUAUCAAAACCUGUCGGUCAAAGCGAUGUUGCCAGUGAAGUGCUCUCCGCAGCUGGUAUCGAUCUGAGUACGGACGAUUCCCAUCUACCAUGCUUGACUAUUCGAAUGUGGACGAUAGGUAUCUUCUUCACACUCCUAGGCUGCGGUCUCAAUACUUUGUACACGCUUCGCUUCCCGUCCAUCUCUCUUACACAAUCGGCUGUACAAUUUCUAGCAUUUCCGAUAGGCAAAGCCUGGGAAUUGGCCAUGCCGGAUUGGACGUUGCCAAUACUGCGGUGGAGAUUGAACCCAGGCCGAUUCAACAAGAAGGAGAACAUACUCAUCUACAUCAUGGCCAACCUCAGCUUUUUGACUCGCCUCAGUGCUGAUGUACUCACGGAACAGCGCAUCUUCUUCGGCUACAAGACUGGCUGGGGAUUUGAGAUGCUCAUCACGCUUGCGACGAUACUGUUCGGGUUCUCGAUUGCUGGGAUUUGUAAGACCGUCGUUGUGGACCCGCCAGCUAUGGUGUACCCUGGCGUCUUCGCUAAUACUGCGUUGAACGAUGUUCUGCAUGGAGGUAAACAACGACAGGAAGACUCCAAACCUCUGUGGUGUUCCUCGAGAUACUCGUUCUUCGUCGUGGCCUUCGCGGCCUCCUUCUGCUGGUACUGGUUCCCAGACUUCAUCUUUCCGGCACUGGGGUAUUUCACCUUUGUGUGUUGGGCGGCACCAAAGAACAAUGUCGUCAAUCAGCUCUUUGGUAUGAAGAACGGACUUGGGCUCUUGCCAGUCACUUUCGAUUGGUCCCAGAUAGCCUACAUUGGCUCACCACUUGUGGUCCCGACUUGGGCGAUUUCCAAUGUCCUUGCAGCCUUGGUGAUCUGGGUCUAUAUUGUGUCGCCUGCGCUCUACUACACCAACACUUGGAAUUCCGCUUACCUUCCUAUUCAGAGCAACUCUGUGUUUGACAACACCGGGCGAACUUACAAUGUCAGUAGGAUUAUCAAUAAGCAAGACGAAUAUCAACUCGAUCCGGUCAAAUAUGCGAAUUAUUCCCCGAUCUAUCUUCCCGUAACGUAUGCCUUGAACCAAUUCGGCCUGGCCUUCGCCACAGUACUCUCACUCUUCGUAUGGAUUGCGCUCGAAAAGCGCGAUCAGGUCUUCCAUGGCUUGAGAUCAGGAUGGAGAUCAAUCAGAAUGACGCUCGAGCACAGCCCCAUGCAAAUCGAACGGGGGCAGCCGCUUGCAUGUCCCCCGGCUCCAACAUGGUGGUACUGGAUCACUGCACUUAUCUCCAUAACUCUCGCCAUCUUCUCUUGCGAGUACUGGAAAGUGCAACUGCCGUGGUAUGGUGUGCUUCUAGCCUUCGCCAUAUCAACUGUAUUCUUCAUACCCCUCUGCAUCAUCUACGGCACCACGAAUCUCAGAAUCAACAUCGACAUCUUCUGCCGUAUCAUCGCCGGCUACAUCUGGGAGGGCCGCGUGCUAGCCAACGUCUGGUUCUUCAACCUCGGCUACAUUUCCGGCAUCAAAGCAUUACAGUUCUCACAAGACUUCAAGCUAGGCUAUUACUGCGGCAUUCCCCCACGCGACCUCUUCACCGUCCAACUUACAGCGCUCUGCAUCGCGACCCUCUCCCAAGUCGGCGUCCUUAACUGGGCUCUUACGAACAUCAAAGAUGUCUGCACCGCCAAUGCGCCCAACGGGUUCACCUGCCCCUUCUCGCGAACACACUUCAAUACCAGCACUAUCUGGGGCGCUGUGGGUCCUCGCCGCUUUUUCUCACCUGAUGCGACAUACCAUAGUCUCCUCUACUUCUUCGUCCUCGGGCUGGCCCUCCCAGUGCUAGUAUACCUCCUCAAACGCCGCUAUCCGGCGAGCUUCUGGAAACAUGUGCACGUACCGCUGCUGCUUGGCGGGCUAAACUAUCUGCCUCCUGCAUCGGGGACAAAUUAUGGGAGCUGGGCGGCUGUCGGGCUUGUAGUUGGUGUCUACGUCAAGCGAAGGCAUCCCGCGUGGUGGAAGCAGCAUAAUUUUGUGCUGAGUGCGGCGUUGGACAGCUCUGUCGCCAUCGCCGCAGUUAUUAUUUUUUUCGCUGUUUUCUGGACAAGUGCAGCUGAUAAACUGGCUUGGUGGGGCACAGAGGUGUACAAGGAAACGUGCGAUUGGAAAGCUUGUCCCUACAAGACGGUUGCCAAGGGUCAAACUUUUGGCCAUUGA